AUGCACGCAACAUAUCCACCAACUCUAAGCACAAUAUAUCCACAGUCUACAAUACUCACAGUGUAUCCAGGAACUCCAUUGCACGCAGCCUGCUCCAUUGGAUCAACCAAGAUUGUUCAGAUGCUUUUGAAGAAUUCGGCACCUCUGUUUGUAUUCAAUGUGAAAAUGCAGACACCUCUGCAGGUAGCAUUGGAGGCAAAGCAAUUCCAUAUUGCGAAGCUUCUUAUCAACGCCCUAAAAACCACUCCUUCACCAUCAUCGGAAUUUUUCCCUGGCCGGAAACUUCUAGAUUACAACGUAUCAUCAUAUCUUCACCUCGCCUGCAGCGCCAAUAAGCUUGCUAUUGUGACAGCACUUCUCGAGCAUGGAGCCAAUCCCAACACUGUUAAUCAAGAUGGGAGGUCUGCAGUUUCCUAUGCCAUGGAAUACGGCUACUUAGAAAUCUUCACUCAACUUCUCAACUACGGGGCC